AUGGCGAUGUGCGUUCGACUGAUUGCCGAGCUGAAGUUCAACGGCGCCGAAUUGGACGUACAUGAUUUCUAUGGCGGCGAUAAGAGGACUCGCAAGGCGCGGUGUGAAACUGAAGAGAGAGCGGCUUUGAGGAAGAAGAGGAGGAUGGAGAACAUAACUUUGAAGGAAAUGCGGGAGAAGGCGAAAUACGAAAAGGAUAAAACUCUCCUAGAGAAGAGCGCGCCAUUGUUCACAUAUUCAUAUGCUGAGCAGUUGCGGUUGAAGGAGCAGUUCAUCAUGCAUGCUGCCAGGAACUUCACGAGGGAGGUUAAAGCACACUGCGAGAAGAGGCAAUACCCGUUUCCUAACUGGGCUAGGGUUCAUAAGAACAAGCCUGGUUGCACAGUCCAUGAGAUAGUAGGGAGUCCGGAGACGAAUCUGGAGGGAUACCGCAACAAGCAUCUCAACUUUGAAAAGCGCGAUUCUCAUCUAAGUGGUGGUUCGUUCUUGCACUGA